AUGGCGGAAACACUUGGAACAAUCUCUGCAGUGAUUGCAAUUGUGGAGGGCACUCUCAAGGCGUCUUCGGCCAUAUAUGAGCUCGUUCAAACUAUCAAAGAUGCUCCUCCUGAAAUCAGGGCUCUCCAACGCGAUAUCGAAGGCUUUCGGACACUAGUUGAAAACCUGGGUGCCGCUUUGGAAUCGGCAAAUGUGGACAAGGUGGUGAAAGAGGACGACCAGCUGGACCGAGCUCUGAAGACCCUGCAGUAUCCCAUGAAGGACUGCGAAAAUACCUGCUCUGAGAUCUUAGAAAAAUUAAAAGGAUCCGGAAUUGCAGUCAGGACUAAGAUACCGACGAAAUUCGGAGACCCUGAGCACGCUAAAAGGCUUUUGGACGCCGUGCGGCAGGCUGACUUCCCUUUGGUGGAUAUCAUGUCACGAUGCGUGGAUGUCGACACUCAAGACCCCAAGACCGGCCGCACCGCUCUCUCGUUCGCGGCCGAGCUUGGCAAUCUUCAAAUAACCGAACUCCUUCUGAGAUAUGGCGCCGAUGUCAACAUCCGCCAAUACAGCCUGACCAUGGGCCAUCUCGGUGAUGGUCCCCAGAUUGGUACGAUAUGGACCAGUGGUCGUUUUCCUCUACAUUGGGCAAUCGCCAAAAGUCACCUGGCAAUCGUAGAGAUUUUACUACAGCACCGCGCCAAUCCUAAUGCCGCGAACAGUUCUGGCCGAACCGCGUUACAAGAGGCUUGCUUUAAAAACAGCCCCAAGAUGGCCAAAAUGCUGCUAGAAGCGGGUGCCGAUGUGAAUGGCGUAAAUCUCCACUCUGGUUGGGCACCUAUUCACGAAUGCGCACAUGGAAAGUCGGUGGAGCUACUCUAUGUAUUGCUCGACCAUGGAGCCCUACUCGACGUACCCGUCACCGAUCCUAAGAUUCUAGGGGCUUCGCCACUUCACUUCACAGCAAGAACUGAUGGAGGAGGCAAGUUAAAGAUUCUUUUGGAACACGGAGCCGAUCCAGAUGCUUUGAUGGCUGGAGAUAUUUCAGUCCUCCACAUGUGUGCGGCCAAAAACUGGGCCGAUGCUAUACUCAAUCUCCUAGAUAAGGGUGCGUCAAUCAAUGCUCAGGAUUUGUGCUUGCGUGAAACUCCUUUGCACAAAGCAGCUCGAAACCUGUGUAUGGACGCCAUUAAGACUUUGCAUUUGAGGGGAGCGGAUCCAACGCUAAGGAAUAUUGAUGGGCUGACUUUCGAGGAUGUCUUGAAGCUUGCGCGGUUGGAUCCAGAUGAGUGGAGUGUUGACCCGGCCUGGGUGACUUUCAAUCCUCGCUGGUGA